AUGACAAAUCCAAACUUCACCCAUGGAAGAUACAUACUGACUGCCCCGAAUGUUCUGCGAGUUGAAAGCGAGGAAAAUGUAGUUGUGGAAGGCCACAAUAGCAACAACGACUUUGAUGUUGAAUUUCGUUUACAAUUUUUCCCAAAAAAUGGUAUCAUAAUAUUUAGAGCUAAUGCUGUUUUAUCAAAAAAUAAUAACCAAAUCUCAGUGCCUGUUAAGAUACCCAGUGAUAGAAUUCCCAAAGAUACAAAAUUACCCGAAUAUGUGGUGUUGGAAGCAAUAUCAACAGCAUUUCAGUUGGAGCGAGUCAUCCUUAUUUCAUAUCAAACAGGACACAUAUUUAUCCAGACUGAUAAACCAAUCUACACACCAACUCAGACUGUUCUUUACCGGUUACUUACUGUGAACAACGACAUGAAGCCCAUCAAAAAAACUGCUCUUGUUGAUUUUGUGAAUCCACAAGGUGUUAUUGUGAGGAGGGACGAGGUAUUUGCCAAAGAUGCCAGUGGUAUUACUGGAAGCACAUUUAAAGUACCCGAGAUUGUGAACAUUGGAGUGUGGAAGAUUGCUGCAAGCUAUAAAGAGGCCAGCUAUGUCAAUUACACAACUGAAUUUGAAGUUAAGGAAUAUGUGUUACCGAGUUUUGAAGUUACCCUUGAAGCAGAAAAGCAUUUUUUCUAUGUUGAUGAUAAUAGACUGGAUGUUUCAAUCAGUGCAAGAUUCACUUAUGGAAAGCCUGUUGAGGGUCGUGCAUUCGUUAUGUUUGGAAUAAUGAAGGAUGGUGAAAGGAUAGGCAUUCCAUCAUCACUUCAAUCAGUCGCUAUUGUAGAUGGACAAGGAGAUGCUUCUUUGACAAGUGAAGUUUUCAAGACCAGCUUUCCUGACAUUUAUGAACUUGUAGGGUGCUCAAUCUAUAUUACUGCCAGUGUCAUAACACAUACAGGCAGUGACAUGGUUGAAGCAGAAAAAUCAGGAAUAAAAAUAGUCACCUCCCCGUACACCAUAUUAUUUACCAAGACUUCCAAGUAUUACAAGCCUGGAAUGCCAUUUGAUUUAAUGGUCUACGUAACAAACCCAGAUGGUUCACCAGCCAGUGGAAUCCCCGUGAUGGUCAAUGGAGGAAAAAGUCACUCAAAAACCCAAAGUGAUGGUGUUGCCAGGUUGACAUUAAAUACUGUUGGACAGCCACAAGCUCUACAAGUAAAGGUUGAGACUAACGUUCCCGACACUCCUAAAGCACGGCAGGCCUCUGCAAGUAUGGUGGCACAGCCAUAUCAGACACAGGCUGGCUCGAUGAACUACCUGCACAUUGGCAUUCAGCCAGCAGAACUAAGUCCUGGAAGUAAUUUGGUCGUUCAUCUCAGUCUCCGAAAUGACAAUGCAGGAAUCCAGAACCAGAUAAAGUACUUUUCCUAUAUGCUGAUAAACAAAGGGAAGAUUGUGAGCGUUGGACGACAGCCAAGGGAGAUUGGCCAAAUUGUGGUGAACAUGCUCAUUCCAAUCACCUCUAACUUAAUACCAUCCUUCAGACUACUGGUCUAUUACUACGUGACAAAGGGAUCAAAUAUAGAAAUGGUUGCUGAUUCUGUCUGGAUUGAUGUGAAAGACACAUGCAUGGGAACAUUAGUAGUGUCUGCUGCAAACCGACACCAUGAAAACAAGAUCUACAAACCUGGCAAACAGUUUCAACUGAAAAUCACAGGCGACUCGGGGGCAACAGUUGGUCUAGUUGCUGUGGAUAAAGCCGUGUUUGUGUUGAAUAAGAAAAAUAAGAUAACGCAGAGCAAGAUCUGGGACGUUGUCGAGAAGAAUGACAUUGGAUGCACGCCUGGAAGUGGCAGUGAUGUUCUUGGCGUUUUCACAGAUGCAGGACUAACAAUUGUAACAAGCACUGACCUCAAGACACCUACAAGGACAGAACGCAAAUGCAAACAGCCAAUGAAACGCAGACGUCGUGCAACGAGACUUAUGGAUGUUAAAAUGGCUAACUUGAAUCGGCACAAGGCGAAUAAGCUUACAGAGAACUGUUGCAAAGGUGGGAUGAAAACGAACCCGAUGAAGUUAUCAUGUAAGAGCAGGGCACGGAGAGUGCGUGGGGAAGAAUGUCGAGCUGCCUUCCUAGAUUGUUGCAACAGCAUCCAACAAUUUAAAGACCUGCAGAGGUCAACUCAAAUGACUUUAGCAAGAAGUGACGAUGAUGACUACUAUAUUCCCUAUGAGGAUAUAAUGUCUAGGAGUGACUUCCCAGAGAGUUGGCUCUGGAUAGUGAAGACUCUGCCCACAAAUGACAGACAAGGAGUUGUGACAAAGGAAAUAUCUGGUUACCUUAAAGACUCAAUUACUACUUGGGAAAUACAAGCUGUUAGUGUGUCUCCACACAAAGGAAUAUGUAUUGCUCAACCUUAUGAGCUGACAGUGCAGAAGGAUUUUUUCAUUGAUCUUCGACUUCCAUAUUCUGUCAUCCGCAAUGAACAAGUGGAAAUUAGAGCAAUCCUGUACAAUUAUGAUGAGAAUGAUAUUAAAGUGCGUGUAGAGAUUCCAUACAAUGAAAAUAUCUGCAGUGGUGCAAAACCGACAGAGCGAUUUAAAAGAAUAGUUAAUAUCCCUGGGAAAGGGUCCAUUGCUGUGCCUUAUGUCAUAGUUCCACUAAUAAUUGGACAAAUUGAUAUCGAAGUUAAAGCUUCAGUCUUUGACAAACUUGUGGCUGAUGCUGUGAGAAAAUCCCUUCGUGUGGUGCCAGAGGGAAAGAAAAUUGACUGUCCUGUGCAAACUUUUGAAUUGGAUCCCAAAGGAGCAGGUAGUAGGCAACAAACAAUUGAUAUUAACAUCAAAAUCCCAGAUGAUGUUGUUCCAAAUACGGAGCCACUGUCAUUCAUCAGUGUUCAAGGAGAUGUUUUAGCCCAAACCAUUGAAAAUUCCAUUGAUGGAGCGAAGCUGAAACAUCUAAUUCGAGUUCCCACUGGCUGUGGAGAGCAGAACAUGGCAUCGAUAACCCCAGGGGUGAUUGUCACCAACUUUCUGGACAAAACGAUGCAAUGGGAAAGAGUGGGAAUGGAUAAUCGAGAAAUUUCAGUGCGCAACAUUCAAAGAGGUUAUGCUCAGCAAUUGGCUUAUCGCCAAAACAGUGGUGCCUUUGCCGCAUUUACAUCUCGAGAGCCUAGCACAUGGUUGACUGCUUAUGUGGUGAAAGUAUUUGCAAUGUCGUAUAAUUUGAUCAUGGUUCAGCCUGAUAUUUUGUGUGGAGCUGCAAAGUGGCUGAUAUUAAAUAAACAGAAGCCUGAUGGUUCCUUCAAAGAAGAUGGUCCUGUAAUUCAUGGAGAGAUGAUUGGAGGAGUCAAGGGAUCAGAAAGUGAUUCUUCACUGACUGCAUUUGUUCUCAUCGCCCUUGCUGAAGCUCAGAGUGUUUGUUCACCUUACAUAGAGGGUUAUGAAGACAGCAUCCAAAGAGCAGGAGACUACCUGAACCUACGCUUUGAAAAUCUGAAGAGGGCAUAUUCUGUGGCGAUAACAGCCUAUGCUCUCUCAUUAUUGAAAAUCAACAAACUGAACACCCUGAUGAGAUUUGCUUCACCUGACCAAUCAUACUGGGCCGACACUAAUGGUGCUAACUCAUUGUACACGAUUGAGGCCACAGGAUAUUCCCUUCUCACUCUUGUGCAGUUGAAGGAAUUCGACAAAGCCGGCAAACUAGUGAAAUGGUUGUCUCGAAGGAGUGAAUAUGGAGGUGGCUACAGCACUACACAGGCGACAAUGGUUGCUUUACAAGCUCUUGCCAAAUAUCAGAUGGAUAUUCCCGAAGUGAAAGAAAUUGACUUGGACGUGAAGGUGCUCAUUCCCGGCAGGAACAGACCAGUUAGCUGGCAUUUUGACUCAACAAGUAAAUACGUGGCAAAAUCAGAAAGGAUGAGUGCCCUUGAAAAAUUCACAAUACAAGCAAAUGGAAAAGGUCAAGGAACAGUAAAAGUUCUAACUAGCUAUCACGCUCUGUUGUCCAAGCAAGUAAAAGAAUGCAAGAAAUUCGAUGUGAGAGUAACUGUGGAAGAGAUACCUCAAGCACAUCGACCCCAAGACGCUCUGAAUUCUCUGCUGAUAAACAUCUGUGCACAGUAUCGUGGUGAUGCAGAUUCCUCGAUGGCCAUUGCAGACAUCUCCAUGCUGACAGGAUUUUCUCCAGAUUUGUCAGACCUUGAUUUGCUUCAAAAUGGAGUCGAUAAAUAUAUAUCAAGAUUUGAACUAGACAAAGUGUUAUCAGAUCAAGGAUCAUUGAUUAUUUAUUUGGAUUCGGUUUCACACUUAGAAGAAACUUGUUUCGGGUUUAGUGUACAUCAGUUCUUCAAAGUUGGACUUAUACAACCAGCUUCUGUUAAGAUUUACGAAUAUUAUGACACAGAGAACAGUUGCACUAAAUUCUACAAUGUCAAUGAAAGGAGUUCCAUGCUGAGCAAAAUCUGUCAAGGUGACGUUUGCAGAUGUGCGGAAGGCAGUUGUAUAACAGCUAAAUUGCCUGAACAACGUAUCUCUCCAGUUGUUCGUGAAGAUAAAGCAUGUGAACAUGGAACGGAUUAUGUAUACAAAAUAGCGUUCAAAAAGAAGGAAAAGAGAGACAGUUACAUCUAUUAUGAAAUGGAAGUUAAGUCUGUCAUAAAACAAGGAAGCGAUGAUGUAAUUGAAGGACAAGUCAGAGAACUCAUCACACAUGCCAGCUGUGAAGAAACAUUUAUCGUGGACCUGGAAAAUGAUUACCUCCUGAUGGGGCAGGGAUCAGACUUGUGGAGUGACGGUAAAAGGAUCAGCUAUCUGAUUGGAGAUACAACCUGGUUGGAAAUGUGGCCAACAGAAGAGCAGUGCCAAAAUAAUCGAUAUCGCAGCCUCUGUCAGAGCCUGGCAGAGUUUUCUGAAAUCUUAAUGAUUAAUGGCUGCCCCACUUAG